ACAGCCCGAAAGGAUCCAAAUUCCAACCCCACUUCCAUUAUUAUUUUGAGAGAGAAGACAAUCAACAUCUAUCUAUUACUUCCUCUCCCUCUCUCUCCUUAACUCCUUCUCCCUCUCUUCAACAAACGCAAAAUGCACAAUACACAUUAUACAUUCGAAUACCAUUAACAGAAAGCUUAUAGAAAUUAGAAAAGCAAGCAAAAGAGGUCUUCCUUGGUUUUCUUUAUUUUUUUUCCCUUACUUUUUCUUGCUGCCUCGGCUAAGCAUCUUUUCCCUACUUUUCCCCUGUGCCUUUGGCCCUUUGCAUCCAAUUCUCUCCUCCUUCUAGGAAAAAAAGAAAAAAGAAAUUUGGGUUUUUUUCUUCUUCUUGUAUUUGGUUCCUCUCAUUCUCUCCUCUUAUAGCUUCACCUACAACCUGUUCUGCCUCUCUUUCUAUCUACCUGGCAUUGUUUCUUGGUCACCAAAGUCUUGUUCCUUUCUUUUUUGCUCCAUUUGAUUUCAACCCGUUAAUCAUUUUUCUUCUGUUUCAACUUUUGGGAUUUUACCAGAAAUUGAUUUGCAAGAGAAUUCACAGUGCGAUUCCCUUUGUGGGUUUGCUUUAUUAAAGCUGUUGAAUUCAGUUUCUAGUGCUUUUCCUUUCUGGGUUUUGUUGAUGAAGCUGUAAAAUUCAGUUUUUUUUCUUCGUACAUGAACUUCAAUUCCGUGAAUUCUCACUCUAUCCUUCUCAACCUCCUUAGAUUGGUACAAAGUUUUGAUUUUUUUUGACCAAUUACUCUCCUUUUUUCUGCUUCUCUGUUUCAAUGGGACUUUGUCACGGAAAACCCAUUGAACACCUACAAAACCAACCCAAUAACUUCACAACCAGUACCGAAAGUGAUCCACCACCAAAUUCUCGGUCUAACAAGUCCUCAAACUUCCCUUUCUACAGCCCAAGUCCUCUCCCAAGCCUAUUCAAGAACUCGCCGGCGCUAUCGAGCGUGACCUCCACACCUCUGCGCCUAUUCAAACGCCCCUUUCCGCCUCCAUCUCCGGCCAAGCACAUACGUGCAUUGCUUGCCCGAAGACACGGCUCUGUCAAGCCCAACGAGGCCUCAAUCCCAGAGGGAAGUGAGGGAGAGAUCGGUUUGGACAAGAAUUUUGGGUAUUCAAAACAGUUUGUGUCACAUUAUGAGCUUGGUGAGGAGGUGGGGCGUGGGCAUUUCGGGUAUACUUGCUCUGCCAGGGGCAAGAAAGGAAGCUUGAAGGGCCAGGAUGUGGCAGUCAAAGUUAUGCCAAAAUCUAAGAUGACCACAGCUAUUGCUAUCGAAGAUGUAAGACGAGAGGUGAAGAUAUUACGAGCUUUGACAGGACAUAAGAACCUAGUACAGUUCUAUGAUGCCUAUGAAGAUGAUGAGAACGUUUAUAUCGUAAUGGAGUUUUGUGAAGGCGGUGAACUAUUGGAUAGAAUACUCUCGAGGGGUGGAAAAUACUCAGAAGAAGAUGCAAAGAUUGUUUUAGUUCAAAUACUAAGUGUUGUUGCCUUCUGUCAUCUCCAAGGUGUGGUUCACCGUGACCUCAAGCCAGAGAAUUUUCUUUUUACUACCAAAGAGGAGAAUUCCACUUUGAAGGCCAUUGAUUUUGGACUGUCCGACUAUGUUAAACCAGAUGAAAGGCUGAAUGACAUUGUGGGAAGUGCAUAUUAUGUAGCUCCUGAGGUUCUGCAUAGAUCAUACGGGACAGAGGCUGACAUGUGGAGUAUUGGUGUAAUAGCUUAUAUUCUUUUAUGUGGGAGCCGACCAUUUUGGGCUAGGUCGGAAUCUGGGAUCUUCCGAGCUGUCCUUAAGGCAGAUCCAAGCUUUGAUGAAGCUCCUUGGCCAUCUUUGUCGCCUGAGGCAAUAGAUUUUGUGAAGAGGUUGUUAAAUAAGGAUUACCGAAAGAGACUAACUGCAUCUCAGGCUCUGAGUCAUCCAUGGCUUGCCAAUCAUCAUGACCUAAAGAUACCAUUAGACAUGAUAGUGUUCAAGCUAGCAAGAGCUUAUACAUGCUCAUCUUCUUUACGAAAAUCAGCACUGGGGGCUCUUGCAAAGACUUUAACCGUGUCUCAGCUAGCUUAUCUCCGGGAGCAAUUUACUUUGUUAGGGCCAACCAAAAAUGGUUUCAUUUCUAUGCAGAACUUUAAAACGGCAGUAGUGAGGAACUCCACAAAUGCCAUGAAGGAUUCACUGGUUCUUGAUUAUGCCCAGAUGGUUGGUUCCAUUCAGUACAGAAAACUGGAUUUCGAAGAAUUUUGUGCAGCUGCCAUAAGCGUGCAUCAGCUGGAAGGAAUGGACUGUUGGGAGCAAUAUGCAAGGCGUGCUUAUGAGUUGUUUGAGAAAGAUGGAAACAGACCUAUUAUGAUAGAAGAACUUGCCUCGGAACUUGGGCUGAGCCCCUCCGUUCCAGUUCAUGUAGUUCUUCAGGACUGGAUAAGACACUCGGACGGAAAGCUCAGUUUCUUGGGUUUUGUGAGACUUCUUCAUGGUGCUUCCUCUCGCUCAUUUCAGAAGGCUUAAAAUGAAGCCCCGCUAAGCGUAUACUAUUAAUUCCACUUUUCUUAUCACUCUCUUUGUGCUGAAAUGUCUUGAGAAGACAAAACUGCAUGCCUGGUGUGAUCUGAAACAAACCAGUUUCAUCUUGAUCACAACAAAGAGGUUGCUACAAAAAGGUUGCUGCAAGGUCAAGUUAAUAGCCUUUAUGGCAUCAUUUGCAAUCUGCACCAUUAGCACAUUUUAUCCGUCGGUCCACAAAGUUCCCUCUCCCUCUCCCUCUUUUCUUGAAUGUCCCUGUUUUGUGCUUGUUUAGAUGAUAUGUACAGAUGACGGUAGAAUGAGAGAGUGUAUUUUAGGGGGGGUUUAGAUAAUAGAUUGGGACUGAACUGAGUUGUGGUUUCUUGGGUUUCUCUCUUGUGUACCCAUCAGUUCUUUUUUCUUCUUUUGAUUUUGAAUAAUAAAUUCUUCUUCAUGUGAUCAUCAACCACAUGAAGUUAUGAUCAGAAGUUGAAUGUGCACUUCUUACUUUCU